ACUUGUUUGUGUCCAGGACAAGCUGAUCAGACUGUUCCUUGUCUAACGGGGAGUGCUUUUACCUGUGCUGAGUGAACUAUUUUUGGCUAUGUAGCUAUUCAGCAUGUUUCAUUACUUGAUGCUUAUGAAUUCAAUUUUUGAGAGGAAAGUAACGAUACCAAGAACUAAAUUUUUGUGAAGUAUGCUCUUUAGUAUGUUAGUUGAUGUAGCCUGAAUGUUGAAUAUAUGGUUAGCUGUGAAUCGUGUCCCUCCCACUGAGAUUGGUGUGCACUAUUAUAAGAAAUACGUAGACCUCUUGUAAAUGGAGAUUUCACUGCCUUUCUUUGCCUUGCAUCUAGGAAAUAGCAUUAUUUUGAUUUUUUUCAGUUGGCUCGGUGAGAAUGUUUCCUACCUUCUAUUUCUGCCAAACACACAAGUCUGUUUCCGUGCUUAGGUUACUGUCAAAGAAGAUGAGAAAAGUGAAUUGGCCUUGGUUAUCAAAUGUUUUGGGUGUUCCCUUCCUCCCAAGCCAUUUAUGACAUUUUCAGUGGGAUGUUGCCUUUCUUUUUUUGUUCUGAAUUCAGCAGAAUACUCAGAUUUCAACCAGUUUAAUGAAAAAUGUGAGAUUUCCAGAGUGGAAAUGCAGGCACUUGGUUUGAGGGCUGCUUUGCAGGAGCCAUCUUAUCUGCUCUUCUGGUAGAUGUUGGAGAUGUGAUGCAUUUUAUCAGUAAAGCCAACAGAAUGGCCAGCCUUGGAAUCUGGAACAGCGGGAUGCAUAGGGGUCUUUGACUGAAAUAUCUGGGUUAUGAGCUGAAGGCAUGGUAACCAUAAUCAAAACAAACACUCUCUAGAUAAGUAAGUUUGUAGAAUCUUUGAGUCAUUGGAGUUGGAAGAGACUUUUAAAGGAUGUCUAGUCCAACUCCUCUGCAGUGAACGUGAACAAGUACUGACUGUAGUAACUUUACUUAAAAUCCAUGGAUGCACACACAGCUUGUGAAUACCACCAAAUCAUCAGUAACUUGAAUUUCUGUUUGUGAGCAUCCCCAGAAUAGCGCCGAGAUAGGACUUAAUACUUAAAAGUUAAUCUGAUAUCAGACUAAAACUACCUCCUUUUGCUCCUUGAGCAAAUUACGGGACUGUGCUACUGAUGCAAAUAGUUUGAUUCUCUCUGGUCUCUCCCAGUAACUUUCCAGCUUUACCCAAACUCAGAAUAAAUGGCCUGCAUUAAAUCAUUCUGAAAUUGCUUAUAGGAGGUACGAUUAUCCUAGAUUUCUGGAAUAUUAAGCAAAGCACUACAAGGUUAUAAACAUGAGUGAAUUUCUCUGCACGUAUAGUUCAUUGAUGGCAUUAUGUACUUCACCAAGCAACAUAAAAUCAAAACUGAAUCUGAAUCAACAGAAAGUGAUUAUUUGGAUGAUCUGUUGCUAUUCAAAAGGGAGAAAUCUGUGAGUCUGAAGGGAAUUUGCAUAGUGGAUGCUUUCAGCAUAACCUACAACUUUUUUUUUAAGAGUGUCUUUAGGAAAUUGAGAGAUUGAGGCUUAUUAAUACUUGAACAUCUAAGUUUAAAGUUAAGUCAUGUAUUUACUGCUAGCAAAGUUUGCCUGUUGAAGGCUUGCUUCAGUAACCUGUUCAGGCAGCAUAUCCAAGUAUGCCUUUGUUUCUACAGCAUUUUGGUUAGCUUUCAUUCGUCUUUCAUAUGAAUCACACAAAGCUCUUUUAGCUCUUUGUAAUUUGAAAAGGGAAUGAUUCUGAAAUAUUUUCCGAUGAACAGAAUACUGAAUCUUAUGUAUAGAUGUACUUAAAAGAAAAAUGGUGUUUUCUGUUGUUGGAAAUUCAUUUUUAAAGACAUUUUCUUUCCCAUUUUUACUAAUCACUUAAAGUGUUUCUGGACAAGGUUUAUAGGGUUUUCAGUUGAAACCCCAGGUGUAUUACUAUGAAAAUACUCUAGUUUACAGAAAGCUCCAGCAGUUUUACAUUGGUUUCUACUUGCAGUUGGUUACUGGGUUAUUGCUGUGAGCGUACUGUUUGUUUAUCAGUGUAGGUAUGCUACUUAAGACAUGUGGGUGGUUUUCAUUUCUUGUCUUUUAAUAUUAGGGUGUUUUAGAUUCUUUUUCAUUUGACAGAAUGAUUUAAGGUUAUACACAGACUUUGCAAACCUUUGUUGCCUGAAGGAAAUUCAUUCUGUAGAGGAUUUAUUAGCAAGAUCUUAUCAGACUGGACACCUUGUACUUUAUGAGAACAAUUUGUCCUCUUAACCUCCAGGGGUAUGAUACAGAGGAAUAUUUAUGUUCUGAAGAGACCGCCUUGGAAAACAUGAAAAACAGGUGGGAAGGAGGCAAAAAAAGGAGCUCAUCCGACUUGCUUUGUUGUUAAACAAAUAAUAAUAGUUAAUAAUAAUUAAUAGUUGUUAAAUAUCAUAGGGAAAUGAGCUGUUUACCAGUAAGAAAGGGUCGUUACUGAUGAAAAGACAUUGAAAAUAUAUUUCCAUGUAAUGUAACAAAUGCUGAGGCAUACUGUUAUCCCCAAGCAUUUCUUCUAGAUUCGCAAAACCAGCAUUGUCACACAACCCAAGUAUCCAAGAAACUGAAAGAAUUAAAUUCCUCUUCCCUUUUGUUUUAUUUUUAAAGAGAACGUAAGAGUAAACACUUCACUUUGUAUUUGCUGCUCAUGACUUAAGACACUGACUGUUUAAAUUCUUUUGGUUCUCAUCUUCCCCAUUUAUAAAACACAAGCAGAAACUUCCUGCUUUUACCUGGGUAGUGAGAAGACCAAUGAACAUCUCUAAGGUCUGUAAGGAGAACUGAUUUUUCCUCUCUUCAGAUAUUUGACAGUAUUUCUCAAAGCAUUGUCCUAGACUAUUCACUCGAAUAAAGAAUGAGCUAAGGAAUUACUGCAGUAUAUAUAUAUAUAUAUGUAUAUAUUUAAGAUAAUUGUAUUUUUGGAGUGUGAAGCUACUAUGUAGUAGCUGAACUGUUGCAAUUUCUACUGCACAUAUACCUAUAUUUAAAUCUAGAGUGAAAUCACUUUAUGCCUUUCUGAUGAGCUUCAAAGCUGACAAGGACUUAGGCUGUUUAUGGCAAUAUACUGUAUGCUAGGAGGUGUCACAGUAGCUAUCUUGAAAUUAAACAAAGUGAAAGAACUUCUUCACAGUGAGGGUGACAUAGCAGUAGAACAGGCUGCCCGGGGAGGUUGUGGAGUGUCAUUCAAUGGAGAUAUUCAAGACCUGCCUGGAUGCCUCCCUGUGCAGCCUAGUCUAGGGAGUCUGCUUUGGCAUUGGGUUGGACUCUAUGACCUCUGGAGGUCCCUUCCAGCCCCUAUGAUUCUGUGAUUCUGUGAAACAAUAGCAAACAAUUUUAGUUAGUAUGCUGUUUCAUAAUCUGAUUAGAAUUUCUAUGCUCCUAGUUAAUAUUCAUGGGAAGCAAAGUUUCUGUUUAGUGGUAUCCUGUGUUUACUUGCUCAAGGCAAAUAUAAAGAAAUGCCAUGAGAUAUCCUGCUCAGUGUUUGGCAUUGUCAGGAAUGGGAGUCAUUAACAUUUCAUGAUUGUUUGUGCUGCUCUUGCGUUCCGUUCUCUGAUGAAAUACGAGUUAACAGCAAAUUUCUUACAGAUGCUGAUCACUGAUUCAAUGUAAAUGCAAAUAGUCCUUUGUCUGAGCUAUGAUCUUUUCAAAAUUCACAGAAGAAUCUGUAAUUAUUUCCAAAGAGACAGUGGGAUAUUGUGCUAUUCCAUUUCCUAGUUUUUUUAGCCAUGCCAGACCCAGAAGUGAAAGAAGAGUCCUAAGGGGAACUCCUUUGGCAGCUGAAGAUGGAUCAGCAUGUCCAGCACAGACAGCCUUGUCCUAUCUCCUUUCUCAGCCUUAGAGAUUGUAGAGGUGGUGACAUCUUAGGUGCUGAUAACAGCAAGAAAUCUGUGUUUCUGUGAAUAUAACCAUUUUGCAUUUAAAAGGGGAAAAAUUGAGGCUUAGAGAAGUGUUAGAUCUAAAUCAGUUACCUGUUCUAACAAUUUGAAAUCACUGUGUUCUGAUUGCCCUACCAUAAACUCAUUGAUAACUCUUUUAAUUAGUUUGUUUUCUCCAUCUCUUUGCCUGGGUGAAGCAUGUGUGCUAAUGGUGCUAUUGAUAUGGUAUCAGGAUGCUUUCUGCUGUUGGAUUUGUAUCGCCUUGAGGAAAUUUAAAGGCAAGUUUAAUGCUUCAAAGAAAGGAAAGCAUUAUUGUGAAAAAUGAUUUCUGAAGUUCAGUGAAGUUAAGGUAUAUACAACUUGAUGUGUGUAAACCCAGUAUGAAGCAGAGAGGGUUUUCUGGAUAUAAAUAAAUAAUUGAUAUUUGAGGAAAACUGGACUAUAAUUUGAAAAUCAGCAAACUUUAAUGCAUUGAUUUAGGGUUCUGCUUUUGAUUGAGGCCGCUCAAGAAACGGCACACUUUAUUUAAUCAAUAGUGUAAAAGGAGAGGAGUGACUUUGGUAGUUUGCUGUGGUUUUGUUUUUUAUUUUUUUAAACUCCAGGGCAUGAGAUGAAAGUCACUAAAUGUCUAAGUAUUCUUGUUUGUUUUCUUCAUAGUGCAGGGUGUAGCUUUAUUGAAGACUGUUGUUCAUUAUGUAAUUCUUUACGAUGCUGAAGGUGAGCUUGGCUCCACACUCAUUUGAGUCUCUGAAGGCUUCCUCUCAUGUCAGCAGCCUUUGUUUUCUCCUUAUAUCACCGGUAUUGAUUUGUAACUGGCAAAGUGUCUCUAGGACUGAAGGUACAUCCCAAGGUAAAAAGGGGAGACCCGGUAUGAACACGAUACUUAAAUACCUUGCAGAACUUUCCAGACAAUUUCUGCAUGUAUGUAUUUCUGUGACUUUCUUAAAAUCAGUACAAUGUCUAUUUUUUUUUCUGUCCUCUUCCUGUCAGGACUCUAUUAAGUGGCUUCCCAAGUCUCCUAAGCUGUACAGUGGCCAUAACUGGAGCUCCCAGGGCUCUCGCUGGACUUCAUUAAAAGGAAAGGAAGGUUUUCAUGGUGGUAACUUGUACAAACUCAGCUCUGCCAAUGGGAAAUGGAGGGAAGGAAGGAUCAGCCCCGAGCAAGAAGCGGAAGAACUGGAGGAUCCUGAUGAAGACGAACCUAUUUCCAAGUUUUCUGGCAGCCUCUUUGAUAACGAUGUUCAUUUAAGAGAUAAAAGAAAUUCCAGAGCAGCUCUUCAAGACAGGCACAAGUCAGCAGCGAAGGGGAAAACUGCUGCAGGGACUAACAGCAAGGCGCAGGCCCCUGUCUCAGCAGGCAGUUUGUCCGGAGAGAGCAGCAGAUUUCUGGAGGAUUCCAGAACUGCAGAUGGGACACAGCCUCCGCUUAAGAUAACCAUUACUGUGUGCAGUCAAAUGGGGAGUCUUGGUAUUAGCAUUGCUGGUGGAAAGGGCUCAUCUCCAUAUAAAGACAAUGAUGAGGGAAUUUUGAUUACACGACUACCAAAAGAUUGUCCAGCAGAUGUGGCUGGGAUACGAGCAGGAGAAAGAGCGGCAGAGGGAUCCCUAAUUUCAGAACCCAACACACAUGAUGCUGGUCCUACUGAAACUUCAUCUAAAGGCAGCCCCUUCCAGCCAUUAAACCAUGUCAUAACAGAUUCUAGCUGAUGGGAAGAGCAUCAUACCCAGGACUCCUCUUUUAGGAAGGAGAGGUUCAGCUGCUACCUACAGGUGCUCAUUUUUUAUGCUUUUGCUUUAAGGGGAGCUUACAUUGCAGGCUAAGACUGCCCGUAUUUUAGCUGGUGUCAGACAAAAUUACCCCUACCUUAAACAUCGCUAAAGGAAAUGGCUGAGCCUCCAACGUGUUUUUUAGAAUUCUGAUCCAUUUUUAUGUGAUUUGGUAAAAAGUUAAGCUAUCUAAAGACCUACCACACUCAGUCAUCUGCCUGCACAUCUGAAAUUCAAGCUUUACUAGGAAGAUACAAUAGGAUGAAAAUAUUUGAAUUAUAAGGUCAAAAAGCAUCCCACUUGUACUGAGACUGAAGUCUCAGGCAGCAGCAACUGUGUCUCUUGCAGCAAAUGCCAGAGGAAUGCUUUGCUUGAUUCCUCUUCUCCCAGCCUUUUUUGUCCUUUUGUAGCAAUACCACUCACAACUCAGCUAAUGGUGAGAAACGAAAGUUCACAUUAUAUAAAAGACUCCAAUCAAAGAUCUGUUUUCCUCUAUGUUUUUGUGUUUUGUCUUUAAGAUGCUCUAAUAAAGGUUGCUUCUUUACUUAGUUGCUUAAAGAAAUUUUCUAUUUGCAGCUUCUGGUUAAAUGUCAUCUUGUGAAACAUUCAGACCAGUUUCAUUUUCCAAUUGAGAAUGCUUCCAUCAUUUUUCUUUUUUUUUCUUUUUUUUUUGAUCCAGCUGUACUUGAUAGCUGUUUCUGUAUGGUCUUAACCCACAUGGCAGGAAACGAGGCUUCCAGUUAGAGCAAUUGAUGUUGGUAGGGCUGAUUCGUACAGUGCUAGUGGGCUGAACCUUUUGUAGCAGUUGUCUGGCUUUUUAGUGUAUUUAGUCAAAGAAAGGAAAUGAUCAUUUCUUGUGUUCCUCUUGGUAAAACAAUGCAGCAAGUUUUCCUGCCUCUCCCCAGAGGCCUUCAGCUGCAGAGGGAGGAGCAGACAGACAAGACUAUGUAGUAUCUCAGAGCAAAGCGCCCAGAGGCAGCCAACUGGCUGAAGAUGUUUCAGCUGUCAAAAUGAGCGAGUGUGCAAAUUCUUCUCUGGAGAAAAGUUGGUGUUUCUGUUUUUUAUCAACAUCUUUGUGCUGUAGCAAAACUGUGUAUAUUACUGCCUUUUAGCCUAGAGCAGGACAUGUCAGUCUUAUGGAUUAUGGGCUUUUCAGGAGCAUCCUGCUGACUCAGGGAACUGGUCAAUGUCUCAUCUCCCUCUGGCUUUACUCUGGUGAAAUUCAUCUUCGUCCUAAGUAACUGUUAUCUGAAAGGUGUUUACAGUGCUUGCUGCUUAUGGAAAAUACACUUUGCACCUUCAGAUAAACAAAUGGCAGUUGAUCAUUGAAACAUGACAGAAUCUUCUCCUCCUCUAGGAAUCAAGGAAAGUUUGUUUCUUUUGUAUUUCUGUGUUUCAAGAGAAACUGAGUGCACCUACUCUGAGGAAAGAUAGGAGAAAAUCACAGCGUCAAAGAAGUCAAGGGCUUCUGUUAUUUUUUCCUGCAACAGCUGAACUGUGUGCUGGAUGAGCUGUUUCUGUGCCUCUCUUCUUUCUCCCACUCUUUCACAUCAUCGCUGCUUCCAGCCCUCUAGCAGGGAAUCUGUCUUCAUCUAUUUAUUUUUACUGGAUGUUAAUAAACAUCCCAAACAUCCUUUUCACAUAUGUUAUCUGUGGUAAUAUUGCUGUCUCUCAUUUGCCAGCCAUGGCCCUCUAGCCAUUUGCUGCCAUUUUCCAUUCUAUAUCCAAGCCUUCCACUCUGACAUUACAAAAGAUGAUGCCUCUGCUGCAUUAAGGUUUAUUCUCUGUUCUUCAUGGGUUUAGUUGCUUAAAGGUCUUUUGAAAGGCUCAUUGUACUUGUUAACUAGUCCAGCCAAACCCAAGUUCAAAUCUACAAGCCUGCCAGGUUUAAGAAUUUUGUGACUAUAUGAAUGAGCAGUAACUCAUUGGACAGGUAAUGAGAACUUCUUUCAAUCAGAGCCAUUGUUUUGCAAAGGGAAAAACAGAAUUGCCUUUGUUUUAACUUACAAUUAUUUUAUAGAAGUGUAGAGCCCUAGAACUUUAAUUACAGUUAGGCAUUUUUGGACAUUCUGUGCUUUAAGAUUUGAUUCAGUUACAUUAAUCACACCUCAAAAAUGUGGAAUCUGUUUAUUUUACUUUUUUUAGUAUGUGAAUAUGAAAAUAAAAAUAUUAUAACCGAGCUUAAACUAAGACUUUGGAUUUUAAAACAGUAAUCUUAAAAUACAAAUGUACAUCAAAAUAUAGCAGAUUAGAACCACAACUAUCCACAUGCAGCCUGUGUGUAUAAUACUGUGUGCCUACCACAGAAUCACAGAAUGGCCAGGGUUGGA